AUGAGAUUAAUAAAUAGAUUUGAUCGUGAUGUGACUUACCCUGCUGUCAUCUUGCCAGUUAGAGAAAUAUCAGCUUUCCAGAAAGCCUUUUAUAAUAACUUGAUCUAAGUUCCUAAACUUAAGACUGUGCUAGCUAUUGAAGGAUCUCAAGAUAAAAAGAAGGUUUUAAUAGCAAGAAAAUCAGAAGCAAUUGAUAAAUAUGUGAAUGAAAAGGAAUAUGAGUACUCUGAGGAAAAAGUUUAGCUAACAUAUUAAAAUUUGUCAAUGAACGAGGUACUUAAAGAACUACUUCCACCUGAUGUAGGAGAAGUACCCUCUGGCUAUGAAACAGUGGGAGAUGUUGCUCACAUGAAUCUCAUGGGAAAGCUAUUUGACCACAGAUAUGUUAUAGGCCAGGUAGUUUUGGAUAAAAAUCCUUCACUUAGAACAGUAGUGACUAAAAUAGGUUAAAUAGAGAGCACUUACAGAUUCUAUGACUUGGAAUGUAUCGCAGGAGAUUCUUCCACCUAUGAAACAAUUGUUUUAGAAGAUAAAGUAAGAUAUAAGGUUGAUGUCUCCAAAGUGUAUUGGUGCUCAAAAUUAGGCCAUGAAAGAAACAGAAUGAUCGAUACUAUCUUAAAAGAGGGAGACGUGCUUUGUGAUAUGUUUUGUGGUAUUGGUCCAUUAGCUGUAAAAGCUGCAGUAAAAAAGAAGGUCAAGGCUAUUGCUAAUGAUCUCAAUCCUGCGUGCUUUGAAUUCCUCAAAGAAAAUAUUAGGAUGAAUAAAGUAAAGAAUCUCGUUGUACCAUUUAACAUGGAUGCUAGAGAAUUCGUAAGGAUGGCUGUUAGGAAAUCAAAUGACCCAGCCUAGAAGGAGAUACCUAAGGAAAUGCUGAGAUUUGAUCACUGCUACAUGAAUCUACCAGUUGAUGCUGUAGAGUUCUUAGAUGCUUUUGUAGGCUUAUUCAAUGAUGCUAAUUACAAAAUAUGGUCCUCAAAUGAAACAAAUGAUCAAAAGACCUUUUUAUUACCAAUGGUGCAUGUUUAUGGCUUUUCUUACUUCUCUGAUAAAGAUAAGGCACUUGCCUAUUUCGUGGAGAGAAUUGGCAAAGCAAUGAAUUACCCUGAGUUUUCAGAAAAAGAUGUCCUCCACUUCCAUAACAUUAGAGACGUCUCUCCUUAAUCUCACAUGUAUGGAACCAGCUUCAGAGUUCCAUUCGAAGUUGCAUUUAGUAAGGUUUAACACGAGAAUAAAAGUGAAGAGGAAAGCAAAGACUAGAUCUAUGAUGAGUUUGAAGACAAGAGUAGAAUGAAGAAAUAAAAGAUAGAAGAAUGA